AUGCAGAUUGAAGAACUUCUUACGGAACGGGAAGUUUUGCUCAGGACAAUUCAUUUAUUGCCAAAAAACUUUGAACAGCUGGAGCAAAGAAUCGAAAGCUUUGGUGUCGAGCCGCUAACUGUUUCGUCAGCACCGCAAUCAUCUCACCCCAUAAUAGCUCCAAACACAACGGAUGUGGAAGAACUAAAGAGUAUUGUGACUAACUUGAUAAAUGAUAUAGAUCGACGCAGAGACACUAUGGCGGAACUCAAGAAAAAGCGCGAUGACCUGCAAGAGGCUUUUAAGAGUGAAAAAGAAGAUUUUGAUGAUAAACGAGCCGAUUAUGAGGAUCGCCGGGCGGAGCUCCAAAAUGAAAGUGUAGAGUUGAAACCUCUCAUCGAAAGCCUUGAGGGGCGGCAAGAUAAAGCCGAGAAAGCAGUAAUAUAUAUUGAAGAGCAGAUUAAUGAAGCAGAGCAACAACUAUCUGCAUUCAAAUCAGCUGGUUCAAAUGCAGGUGAAGAUUUAAAGGCUCAACUCGCCGAAGAACAGGCAAAGGCUGAGUUGUUGCUUCAAAACAACGAAAGCCAGGUCACCGAUUUUGAUGCUGCUAGAAAGCAAAUGGUGCUAUGGAAAAGUCUCGUUUCAAUGUUUGAGGCGAAAAUCGCGUCUACAGCAGAGGAGCACAAUUUGGGGAGUGAAGAUAAUUAA